AAAAGACGCCCGUUCAGUUCAGUUCAGCCACAAGGUGAACGCAUAGCAUCGCAUCAUUCACAAAUACAACCAGACAAACAAAUAAACACGAGUCUCCGUCUCCGAAUAGAGCUCGUGAGUUGUCCGUUUUUGCCGUCGAAUGCUUGGCGGCAGCCAAUUAGAGUGUUUUAGACAUCUUUGAUGAGAGUGCGAUUCACAUCGCACAUCAGCUGUUUCUCAUUGGUUCGAAAAGGGGGUGUAGAACGCAAGCCCAGCUGCAAAACGGCCAGCGUACACAGCGACGACGACUAUCAAGCGAAGCGGUGGCAGUGGCAAAAUCUAAGGCAGAGCGAACAGACGGGGCAGCUAGCAGCAGCAGCAGCAGUUCAUACGAUUUCCAGCUGCUACAUAAAUUCCAGCAAACAACAGAAUAACAACAACGCAAAGAGCAAAAGGGAAUUUGGUGCCCUUGAGAGAAGAUGUCGUCGCGUAUGUUUAAAUUCGGCGUCACCGCCGCCAGCGCCUGUGUGGGCUCUGUGAUUGCCUCAUGGAGCAUCGAUCGUUGGAACUCGCCACAUGUGGUCAACAAUGCCGUUCAACGUCCACCAAAACGGAAGCGCACUUUGCCCAUGCGCAGCGAACAAAUCAAAUCCCUGAUGAGCGGCGAGGAAUUCGAUGUGCUCAUCAUUGGCGGUGGCGCCACAGGCGUUGGCUGUGCCUUCGACUCCGUAACGAGAGGUCUCAAGACGGCGCUCGUUGAAAUGGAUGACUUUGCCAGCGGAACCUCAUCCCGCUCAACGAAACUAAUUCACGGCGGUGUCCGUUAUCUGCAGAAGGCGAUUCUAGGCCUAGACCUUGAGCAAUAUAGAAUGGUUAAGGAGGCGCUGGCGGAACGUGCCACAAUGCUUGAAUCGGCGCCACAUUUGACGCAUCCGUUGCCCAUCAUGCUGCCCGUCUACACGUGGUGGCAGGUGCCGUAUUUCUGGGUGGGCAUUAAGGCGUACGAUUUUGUGGCCGGCGAUCGCAAUGUGAAGAGCUCGUAUCUGUUGUCGAAGAAGGAUGCAUUGGAGCUGUUCCCCAUGCUGAAGAAGGACAAGCUGUGCGGCGCCAUUGUCUACUACGAUGGCCAGCAGGAUGAUGCACGCAUGUGUCUCGCUGUCGCAUUGACGGCUGCCCGCCAUGGAGCCACUGUGUGCAAUCAUGUGGAGGUGCAGGAGCUGCUCAAGAAGGACGACGGCACCGGGAAGAAGGUACUGUGCGGCGCCAAGGUAAAGGAUAAUAUCACGGGCAAGGAGUUCACGGUGAAGGCCAAGUGCAUCAUCAAUGCCACCGGCCCCUUCACCGAUUCCAUACGCAAAAUGGACGAUCCGACGGUGAAGAGCAUCUGCUGUCCCAGCUCCGGUGUGCACAUUGUGCUACCCGGCUAUUACAGUCCCGAUCAGAUGGGUCUGCUCGAUCCCUCGACAUCCGAUGGACGCGUCAUCUUCUUCCUGCCCUGGCAACGGCAAACGAUUGCCGGCACCACAGAUCUACCCUGCGAAAUUACGCACAGUCCCACACCCACCGAGGACGAGAUUCAGUUUAUUCUCAGCGAAAUCAAGAACUAUCUCAAUGCCGACGUUGAGGUGCGUCGUGGCGACGUCCUAUCCGCCUGGAGCGGCAUUCGCCCCCUCGUCUCCGAUCCCAACAAGGACGAUACACAGUCUCUGGCGCGCAAUCACAUCGUCCAUGUUAGCUCCUCCAAUAUGAUCACCAUUGCCGGCGGCAAGUGGACCACUUACAGAGCCAUGGCUGAGCACACUGUCGAUGCGGCCAUCAAGGCCUGCAAUCUGAAACCGGAGCGUCCCGAGGCUGUUACGGCGUUCUUGAAAAUUGAGGGCGGUCAGGGCUGGACACCAACGAUGUAUAUACGACUGGUGCAGGAUUUCGGGCUGGAAUGCGAGGUGGCCCAGCAUCUGGCCAAGUCGUAUGGUGAUCGUGCGUUUGCCGUUGCCAAGAUGGCAUCGCUGACGGGCAAACGUUGGCCCAUCAUCGGUAAUCGCAUCCAUCCGGAGUUUCCCUACAUCGAUGCGGAGAUUCGUUAUGGUGUGCGUGAGUACGCCUGCACCGCUGUCGAUAUGAUUGCACGCCGGAUGCGUUUGUCCUUCCUCAAUGUGCAGGCCGCAUCGGAGGCGCUGCCCGCCGUCGUCGACAUUAUGGGCGAGGAGCUGCAGUGGUCCAAGGACGAGAAACAGCGUCAGAUCACGCUUGCCACUGAAUUCUUGGCCAACGAAAUGGGACACGCCAUCAAUCGCACAUCCAAGGAGAGAAUACCCAUCAAACUGUCCAAGGAGGAGAUUCAGACCUAUGUGAAACGCUUCGAGCUCAUUGACAAGGACAAAAAGGGAUACGUCUCUAUCAAUGAUAUCCGUCGUGCGCUCAAGAACUUUGGCGAUGGCGAUGUAUCCGGCGAACAGUUGCACGACAUCCUUAAGGAGAUCGACACCAACAUGAACGGCCAGGUGGAACUCGAUGAAUAUCUACAGAUGAUGUCAGCGAUAAAGACGGGCGAUGUGGCCUAUUCCCGUUUUGCUCGCAUGGCCGAGCUGGAGGAACAGAAGCACGAGGCGGCCAAUCUCAAGCAGAAGAUCAGCGUCGAUCGCUCCGGCGGCGGCCUGUAAGUGACUUAACCAAACGGGAGGGAACAUCACGCGUCUACAUCUAAAGCACAUUUUCUAGAAAUAAGCCCCCAACAAAUUAUAUGAAGCUAUAUAAACAAAUUUUUCUUUACAUUUUGCUGUUAAAUAAAGUCUUGAAACUCA